AUGCCGCUGGUGGUGGGGCAGCGGCUGCACUUCAGCUUCCUUAGCCUGGCCCAGAUCGUCUUCUCGACGGCUCUUUUCUGCGGGGAGGGGGCGGCGGCCGCCGUCCUCUGCCUCUCCUACGGCCACUCCGACGACCGCUUCUGGCUGGCGCUCACCGUCUUCUUCGUGCUCUGCCCCUCCGUCCUGGUGCAGCUCACCCUCAUCUUCGUGCACCGCGACCUCAGCCGCGACCGCCCCCUCGUCCUCCUCAUGCACCUGCUCCAGCUCGGGCCCAUCAUCAGGUGCAUGGAGGCUCUGGUGGUGUACUGCUGGUCGGGGAAGGAGGAGGAGCCCUAUGUCACCAUCACCCGCAAGCGGCGGCUGCGGAAAGGCUAUGAGGUGGAGAUGGAGCAGGAGGUGGGCCACUCGGUGCGCCGGCUGGCCACGCACCGCAACGCCUUCAAGCGCAUGGCGGUCAUCCAGGCCUUCCUGGGCUCCACGCCGCAGCUCACCCUCCAGCUCUACAUCAGCAUCCUAGAGAAGUACGUCCCCGCCGCCCGAGCCGUCCUCAUGGGCAUCUGCCUGGUGUCGGUCACCUACGGAGCGCUCGUCUGCAACAUCCUGGCCAUCCAGGUCAAGUACGAUGACUACAAGGUCCAGCUGCGGCCGCUGGCCUUCCUCUGCAUUGUGCUGUGGCGAAGCCUGGAGAUCUCCACCCGCGUGGUCGUCCUCGUGCUCUUCAGCACCGUCUUCAAGCACUGGAUCAUCCCCAUCGCCCUGGCCAACUUGCUGGUGGUCUUCUUCUUGCCCUGGGUGCAGUUCUGGCGGAGCGGCACCCGCCUGCCCGACAACAUCGAGAAGAACUUCAGCCGGGUGGGCACGGUGGUGGUGCUCUGCGCCUUCACCCUCCUCUACGCCAGCAUCAACAUGUUCUGCUGGUCGGCCGUGCAGCUCAAGCUGGCCGACCGGGACCUCAUCGACAAGUCGCAGAACUGGGGCCUCCUGGCCGUGUACUACGUGGCCCGGCUGGCCGAGAACACGGCCCUCGUCAUCCUCUGGUACUUCUUCAAGACGGACGUUUACGAGAACAUCUGCACCCCUAUGCUGGUGGUGCAGCUGCUCCUCGGCUACUGCCUGGGCAUCUACUUCAUGCUCCUCUUCUUCCAGUACCUGCACCCCUGCCGCCAGCUCUUCCGACACAAUGUCGCCGACUUCUUGCACUGCGUCUGCUGCCGCCGGCGCCCGCCGGGGACCCCUCUGCACCUCCAGGCGCCCUACGAGCCCGGCGUUCGGCACAGCAUCGUCUGAGACAC